AUGUCCAUCUACAAAAAUAUUACGGUCCACAAUCCCGUUACAUUGUGUCCAAUAGUCCAAACUGCUAAUCCAAAAAUAGGUUCCACACUCACCAAAACACUAAAUUGUAAUGGAGAACCCUGCAAGGUACUGUUCGAUACCGGGUCUCCGACGUCAUUGAUAAGAACUGACGUUGACCAAAAAUUAAAGUUAAAAUUAGCCGCUGCACCACCCUUUGAAUUCAGAGGAAUGGUGUCUGCUGAAAAGGCCGCUACGAAGGAAGCCGCAAAGGUAAAUAUAGCCGCAGGAAACACCGCUAUAAAAUUGGCUGCUUAUGUCACAGAUGCAAUGCCUCAUGAUAUUAUCGUUGGUAAUCCAGUCAUCGAUGAAUACAAAGACGUGAUCUAUAAUCUCCGCUCCGAUACAGAUUUAGGGUCACUAACAUGUCCCGACUAUGAACUUAAUGCUAUAAAUAUGACUGAUAUAAACGAUAUGACAGACAUUACAGAGAGUACAGAAAAUAAAAAUGAUAUUGUGUUCGCUACAAAUAUUACCGCUUCCGAAAAAGAAAAUGAUGGGUUCGCCAACUUACCCGUCGGUUUACAAGAAAAAUACAAGAUUACUGUACGCAAUGAUUUGCCGCCAAAGACUUCCAACAAAAACACUAUCGUUGAACAUGAAAUCGAAAUUAAAGAAGACAGUCGAUUACCUCGCUUCCAACCAUACCAUACAACACCCAAGUUAGAGAAAGAAAUAACACUAAUUGUAGACGAUUUACUCUAG